GCACAUCUACAUAUUCUUCGUUCAUCAUGGUUGCAACAACGUCAGAGCAGCUAGCAGCCCUGUCAGGAACCACCGUCGUCGUUCACCCGCUUGUACUUCUAUCUGUAACCGACCAUCAUGCGCGCUCUGUUUCACGAAGCUCAAGUAAACGCGUCAUUGGCAUUUUGCUGGGGCAAGACAACGGCAAGACCAUCAAUGUUGCCAACUCGUUUGGUAUUCCCUUCGAGGAGGACGAGAAGGACUCAAAGACGUGGUUCCUCGACCACAAUUAUAUUGAAGGCAUGUGGGAGAUGUUCAAGAAGGUCAACGCUCGAGAACGCAUGAUCGGGUGGUAUCACACUGGCCCCAAAUUACGCGCAUCAGACCAGGAAAUCAAUGACCUCCUCAAGCGGUAUAUUGCACGGCCCGUGAUGGUCAUUGUUGAUGUACGGCCACAAACAGUGGGCAUUCCAACCGACGCAUACUUCGCCGUAGAGGAGAUCAAGGACGAUGGCACAGAAACGCGCAAAACAUUCCUGCACGUACCGUCGGCCAUUGAGGCAGAGGAGUCAGAGGAAAUUGGUGUCGAGCACCUCCUACGCGACAUUAAGGACUCGACAACAACCACCCUCGCAACGCGAGUUUCAGAACAGCUAGCUUCGCUGCGCGGUCUACAAUCACGUCUCGCUGACAUCCAGAAAUACCUCCUAGACGUUGCUGCUGGACGAAUGCCAGUGAAUCACCAGAUUGUUUACAACCUCCAAGAUGCACUCAACCUCCUGCCCAAUCUCACCGACCCCGAAACCACGCAAAGUUUUGCGACAAGUACAAACGACCAACUUCUGGUUAUCUACUUGAGUAGCCUCUUACGCGCGGUGAUUGCGCUGCACGCGCUUGUUGACAACAAGGCGUCCAUUGGUCGGGCAGAGGCGGAGGAGACUAAGGAUGUGGGGGAUAAGGGUAAGAAGGAUAAGAACGGGAAGUCUGACGAGAAGGGCGACAAGGACGACAAAGAGAAAGCGGACAAGGGCAAAGACACUAAGAGCAGUCUCGCGGAUAAGGGCCUGUAGCAUAAUCUCACAUUGUGGACCUACUUCGAUAGUUUUUAUUGCUCUGUUGCAUGCCAUCAAACUUCCGAGAUGUGGUCCUUUCCACUUUGUCUCGCACCCUU